CGAGCACGUCAUCAUAUGCUUCUGCACCAGGCAGCAAAGAUACAAAAGAGAGAGAGAAACAUUUCCGGAGAGAUGAUGAAGCCUAUUUGCAGCACAGCAACUACUGUUCGGCCACAGCUUCUGGGGACGACUUUAUUCGAAAACCCCACCCAGCUUCGUGAUUUACAGUACAUCAAUGAUUAGUGACGAGAUUUCGGUCAUCGUGACUGAUGGCCGAAAUGUCAUUAACUUUUUUUCCCUCCCCUGAUGGAGUACGUCAAUAUAUUCAAAAGAGUUCUCCAAGACAAGACUUCAUCUGAAUGAUAAGCGAAUGCUCUCUCUCCCUUUCCCUCGUCAAAUCUUUGCUUGCUUUUAUGUUGAUCUGCUGCUGCUGCUCCGAGUAUAUAGCGCACCGGGCGUCAGGAAGCGCCUGCGCCGCCCGUUACGAGCAACCGACGAGAUGAAAUGGGAAGUAAAUGACGUCGAAAGUAGGAGGAGGCUGCUGCUGCUUGUUUCCUCUCCUUUUUUCCCCUUAUUUCGUCUGUACAAUCUUCAACAGCGCCAACAAAGAGGAAAGUCCAACCCUUUUGGCGACUUUGGUUCGAGUUCUCCUUCUGCUCCGGUAGAACAUCCAGCAGCAGCAGCAGCAGCAGCCAGUACAUAUAUUAUACCACAUUUGUCAAGACACACAGACAGAUAGACAGCCCUGACAAGCAAGUGCACUGCUGGGAGUGCCAGUUUGUAAAAAAAGACUGUAGGUAGGCUAAAAGAUCGACCAAGAAGUUUGUGUGUGUGUGUGCGCGUGAGAGAUGGAAGCUGGAUAGUGCGGCGGCGGCAGUUGCCUUCCUUACGUCAUGAAGUUUAGUGACACUUUGCUCUUCUACUCUUUUUUCGUCUUUCAAAGGAUUGGCGGUGAGGUGUCGUCAUCGAGAACUCGUCUCAAAAAUGUCACCAAUGUCCUCGGCCAAUUGCUGGAUGAUUACGACAUCCGCCUGCGCCCAGACUUUGGAGGUGAUCCGCUCUACGUCGGCAUGGAUAUCACCAUAGCAUCGUUCGACGCAAUUUCUGAAGUCAAUAUGGAUUACACGUUAACAUUGUGCCUCAAUCAAUAUUGGAGAGACGAGCGGCUGGCUUUUACACACGAAAAAGAAGACGUCGUCCUCACACUCAGUGGCGACUUCAGUAACAAGAUUUGGGUGCCGGAUACUUUUUUCGCCAACGACAAAAACAGUUUUCUGCAUGAUGUCACGGAGAGGAACACUCUGAUGCGGCUGCACGGAGACGGCAGUAUCGAGUACGGACUUCGAUUCACCACCACUUUGGCGUGCAUGAUGGAUUUGCAUUAUUAUCCACUCGACCAUCAGAACUGCACCGUCGAAAUCGAAAGCUAUGGCUACACGGUUUCGGACGUGGUCAUGUUCUGGCGUGAGACGCCCGUCGUGGGCGUCGAAGACGCCGAAUUACCUCAAUUUACGAUCGUCGGCUACGAGACCAACGACCGAAUGGAGAAGUUGGCCACGGGCGCCUAUCAGCGCCUAUCCUUGUCCUUCCGGCUCCAGCGCAACAUUGGCUAUUUCAUAUUCCAAACGUAUUUGCCGUCGAUCCUCAUCGUUAUGUUGUCGUGGGUCUCCUUUUGGAUCAAUCACGAAGCCACCAGCGCCCGUGUCGCCCUAGGAAUCACGACCGUGUUGACCAUGACGACCAUAUCGACGGGCGUUCGAUCUUCCCUGCCGCGCAUCAGUUACGUUAAAGCCAUCGACGUCUAUCUGGUCAUGUGCUUCGUCUUUGUCUUUGCUGCCCUGCUCGAAUACGCCGCGGUCAAUUACACUUUCUGGGGCGCCAGGGCCAAGAAAAAGAAGAAGAAGGGCGUCAGCCGGCAGACCCUUGAAGACGACCACAUUAGGAAUUCGCUGCGGGAUUUGGACGGCCAGGAGGAGGACAGCUGUGACGACGGCAUCAUUCAGUUGCACGACCUGAGAAUGUCGCCCAUUCCGUCACUUCGCAAUCGACAUCAGGCCGGCGGCGGAACAACGGCAGCUGGGCGGAGCAGCGCUGCUGCUCCUGCUCCUGCUGGCCACAAAGUCAUCGGACCGCCCAGUUUGCGCUUCGUCCGUCGUGGUCACCUGUCCACCCAACAUCACCACCACCACCACCAUCACCACCAUUCGUGUUCUCAACCGAAACACUUUUGGUCCAAUUCCAAACCGCAAUCAUCGGGACGCUGUUGUCGUAAAUCCCCGGCCAACGCGUCUGUGGCCAACAGGCCGGCCAAUUUCAAUCAUCACGCCGGACAUUCCAAUAGGAGCGACAACAAGAGAAGCGGUUCGCAGUCAGCCAACGGCAGUCGCCUACUUUGCGGAAUCUAUUCCCUGCCAAAGAUCAAAGACGUUAAUCUCAUCGACAAAUAUUCACGAAUCGUUUUCCCGGCUGCAUUCGCCAUCUUCAACGUCGUCUACUGGAGUAUCUACAUACUCCUUUAAAAAAAAAUGAACAGAUAUAAAGAAUGAAAUUACUUGUGGUCUUUUUUGGGGUGAAAGCGCAAAAACGGAAGUUUGGUUUUUCACAUGAUUUUGUCGUCCUAUAAUUCGUUAACCGAAAUAUCGUCAACUGCCUAAAAAAUUGAAAUCAUUUGAAGAGCAACUAUACGAGAAGAAAGACAUCGAGAAAAGAAUUGAUGUCCCACUAUUACUUUGAUGGAAAGAAGAAUUAAGAAAGCACUUUGCUCUUUUCACCCUUCUUUUUUCACCCUCCUAAUCGAUAAGAGUUUCUGCAUUUCCCUUAUUAAAAAAUAAUAAUAAUGUUGCAAGGUGCAUUCUGUAGUGUGGUUCUUAUAUAAAUACCAUGUCCGUGUCAUACAAUUACCAUAUAUGCUACUAUUUAAUAUAAUCCACCAGGGUGAGAAUUGUUAAGGGAUAUCGAAUAAAUGGAAUUAACUAAAUACAAUCACUAAAAGUUA